ACUGAUCAGACGUGUAUAUGCUAUAAUUGCACAAAAGUAAGUCGCGAAGAAAAGACUUGGUGAAAUAGAAAAAAAAAAUUUAAUUGAAGUUUGAGUUUGCAAGUCUUAAGUGAGAAUAUUUGGAAGAUCAAGAACUAAUCAAAAACCUAUAAAGAAUUUUAAAAGUUUUAAAAAAGUGAAAAAGUAAUAAAAAAUAAUCAAAAUGACAGACGUUAGUCAUGAAUUAUCAAGUUUACGAUACGUAGUGGAUUCACCACUCUCAUCAAAAGUAGCAAAAUUCAACAUGAAAGUCACUGAACAUACAAGCAAUCAACUUCAGAAUCCAUUCAGUGGACAACAUAACUCACGAUCAAGGAGUCCAAAACAAUUCUUGUCACCAGAUGAAUAUGGAAAACCAAAACCAGGCUCACUGACAGAAUACCGUGGAAUGAAAGCCAACAUCCAAGUAUUUCAAGAAAUGAUUGAAUUAUGUUCAGUAAUCCACGAUUCAGGCAAACCAGUUGAGGGCGAACCAGAACUAAGACAAAUAAAUUUCGGCGAAUUAUUCCAAAUUUACGUUCACAUUAAUGAUAAAGUUGUUGGACUCUUAUUGAGAGCUAGAAAGCAUGAGCUGUUGACAUUUGAGGGAGAAUGCUUAUUUCAAAAGUUCCACGACCACGUCCCAAUCUAUCUAUUAAGACCAAUCAAAAGAAUCAGAGAGAUCAUGACGGAAAAACAGACCGUGAUUCGUCGUUCGUUAAGUCCCAAUCCAAGGUUAGUUAACCCAUCCCUGUGAGCAAAUAAUAAUAAAUAAAUAAUUAAAC